AUGCAGUCGUGCGAAGCUCUUAACUGUGCCAUUUGCGGUGAUCACGCCACCGGUAAACACUAUGGUGCCAUUUCAUGUGAUGGAUGUAAAGGUUUCUUCCGAAGAACAGUUCGGAAGAGACACGCCUACACGUGUAGAUUUGAGCAUGCAUGUGUUGUUGAUAAAGAUCACAGAAAUGUGUGUCGUCGAUGUCGUUUCGAUCAAUGCCUCAGGAGUGGCAUGAAACGUGAAGCGGUACAAAACGAACGAGAUAGAAUCGUUUCACACCGAUCACAGCCUAUUGAUAGAAGUUAUUCUGAAGCAUAUAUUGAUGCACUGCUUAAGGCAGAACGGGCUACCCAUUCAUUACGCGCAACAGUUAUCACCAGGACUGCAGAUGCACGCAGAAUUGCAACAACGUUCGACGUUUCAGAAAGUAUGCAUCAACAGUUGAUCUUGAUGGUUGAAUGGGCGAAGAAUCUUAAUCAGUUCAUUAACUUACCGAUGAAUGUUCAAAUUGCGCUGCUCAGAAACUUUUCUGCUCAGCAUCUUGUCAUUUGUGCUGGAUUUCGAUCAAUGCAUGUGCAAGACGCAAUUUGGCUAACCAAUGACUCGUGCCUGCAUCGAGAUGCACCAGCAGUACCUGAUGUAAAUCAAGUUGCAUCCCGUAUAGUUGAUCAUUUAACACAACCAAUGCGUUGUCUACAUAUGGAUGAAAGUGAGUAUGUGUCAAUGAAAGCAGUCGCUUUAUUCGAUCCAUUGGUAAAAGGAGUGGAAAAUUACUCCACAACAAUAGAACGAAUACGGCAACAAGUUUUAUGUGCACUCGAAAAUCACGUUACGAAGGUGUCACCAUACCGUGACAUGCCUCAAAGAUUGGCGAAACUCCUGCUUCUGUUACCGCCAAUAUUGGCGAUUGCUCGUGAUCUUGUGGAAGAUGUUCAACUGUGUAAACUGUUUGGAUUAGCGAAUGUGGACAGUUUGAUGCAGGAAUUACUGCUGCCAGACGACACCGAAUCAAUCAGCUCGUAG